ACUCCAGUAGUGAUGAUGUUGUGGUUAUCCAUGCCGCCUUUAGCUCUCUUGAGUGUUGUCUGGUAAGGAAGAGCUUCUGGUAGAGCUCUCCACGCAUGGAGUUGUGCUCGGACCGUGCGGUGGCAACGCUGGAUAUGUCGCAGAACAAAACCAAAGACGAGGAGCCUUUCAACAGUGACGGGGACUACGAGAGCUUGCCACCUCAUGUCUCCGUGACGACCCACAUGACAGCGGGAGCAGUGGCUGGCAUACUGGAGCACACAGUGAUGUACCCCGUGGACUCUGUCAAGACAAGGAUGCAGAGCCUGCAACCCGACCCAAAUGCACAGUACAAGAGUGUGUACGGGGCUCUGAAAAGGAUCAUCCGGACUGAGGGGAUCUUCAGGCCGCUGAGAGGUCUCAACAUCACUAUGAUUGGAGCGGGGCCUGCCCAUGCACUCUACUUUGCCUGCUACGAACGAGUGAAACGCUCACUGAGCGACGUCAUUCAGAGCGGCGGUAACAGCCAUUUAGCCAAUGGUGUGGCAGGUAGUGUGGCAACUGUUCUUCAUGAUGCAGUCAUGAAUCCAGCUGAAGUGAUAAAGCAGAGGAUGCAAAUGUACAACUCUCCGUAUCGAGGACUUUUGGACUGCAUCCGAACUGUAACAUAUACUGAAGGCGUUGGCGCCUUCUACCGCAGCUACAGCACACAACUGACCAUGAACAUCCCCUUCCAGGCUGUUCACUUUAUCACCUACGAACUGAUGCAGGAGCAGUUAAACCCUCACAGACAUUACCACCCCGGUAGCCACAUAUUGUCAGGCGCAGCAGCAGGAGCCGUUUCCGCAGCAGUUACUACUCCGCUCGAUGUCUGCAAAACACUGCUCAACACACAAGAGAACGUAGCGCUCAGCUCCAUGAACGUCAGCGGCCACUUGACCGGUAUGGCGAACGCUUUCAGGACGGUGUACCAGCUCGGUGGUCUGUCAGCCUUCUUCAAAGGGGUCCAAGCUCGGGUUAUAUACCAGAUGCCCUCCACCGCCAUCGCCUGGUCGGUGUACGAGUUCUUUAAGUACUUCCUGACAAAGCAGCAGCUGCCUCAGGAGCAUGAGGCGGGACCUCGCCCUCUCUAACAGAAAGUGCGUUUGAGCAGCACACAGGUGGGCUGAUGACAGAAAACUCCGACAUGAAGGUGUAAGAGGUCUUGGCAUUUUUCCACAUGCUGCUGAUGAAAUAACAUGACUCAUUUUUUCACAAGGAAGAAUGGUGGGGGUGUGGCAGAGAGAGAGACACCCCUAACAGUGUGUUAUUUUUCAGUUAGUAAUGUUCCACAACCAUGAUAUGCAACAAAGAUCACUAUAUAUAUCUAUAUAGAUAUUUAUAUAGAUAUAGAUAGAUAGAUAGAUAGAUAGAUAGAUACUUGUAGAAGUGAUAUUGUUCUUCCUCCAGUCCACAAACUCACCAACCCCAGCUUUUCCAAACUCUCCCAUGUUGUUUGUUGUUUCUAUUUCUUAAUAUUGGAACUCUAUAUUUAUUUUCUUAGCCUGUGUGUGUGUGUGUGUGUGUGUGUGUGUGUGUGUGUGUGUGUGUGUGUGUGUGUGUGUGCGUGUGUGUGUGCGUGUGUGUGUGCGUGUGUGUGUGCGUGUGUGUGUGUGUGUGUGUGUGAUGAGACAGCUACACGUUCCAAGUGCCUUAUAAGCAUAUAAAACCCUGCUUAACCCUUUUUCCUUUUCUGUUCUUGACAUAGGAAAUCUUCCCAUAUUUACAUUUUCUUUGGUCCAAGUUGCAUCAUGAAAAGCACACAAUUCUGUUAGAAUGAAUUAUGAAUGAAUACAGGCUCUUUGUACUGGCAUCAGUCACAUCUGUUAAACGCACACAUAAAUCUGCACCAAUUCUCCUGAUUGUUUUGGGGGUUUUUUUGUAUUUUUUAUUUUUUUAAUUAAAUACUAAAUACUUUCUUCCUGCACCCUGAGAGAUCCCGUUUCUCUCUUGGCAUGAAGGUGCGUAGGCCGUAGCGGUCCAGCUUUUUGCCUGCACAGAACUGCAGUGCAUCUGAAUCACGCACAAUUUAAAGAUCAUUCGCUGUUACUGAAGGCGGGCAGCUUGUUUAUGUGUAUUCAAAACACGAAUACACAGUGGUGACUAUUUCCGAGAAGCCUCUCUGUUAGCCUGGUGUGAUGUUCAGCUUUCGUGUGAAUCGUGCUGACCAUGAAGAUUAAAGCUGUACAUUGUAUGGAAAAUGCUUUUUUAUUUUUAUGUUCAGCUUUAGCUGAACACGCACACACCCUGUGAUGCAAAGUGCAACGUGAUGACUUGAUGUCAGACGUACACUUUGUUACCAUGAGGCCAGUAAAAACUUGAUCGCAUCAGUAAGGGUAAGCAGGCAUUGUUAUUUCUUUUAUUUUCACUCAUCCUGUUGUAGUUACACAUUUCCUGUGUGCUCUCUGCUCUUUUCAGCCUAUUGUCAUUUUGCCAGAUCUUGAUGUUAUCCAGAAAGCAGUCAGAUGUAUUUAUUUUGAAUUAAGGAGGAUAUUUUUCUUACUCUGGAAAAGUUUGACGCAUUCUCGUUGAUCUCGCAGCCCCUUCAGCCACCGAUUCCUCACAUUUGUACAGUCGGGUAAAUGAUACUAAACCAAAGACAACCUAUGCAUUCUACUUUUAAUCUGCACGAUGCUGCGUGCCUGCCUGCGGUGGAUUUUUAUUCCACUUUUUCCAAUGUAGUUUUCACUCAGUAGUGUUAAGAUUUACAGUCACAUCUUCAGUAUAAGUUUGGAGCUCAGUGGUGUUCUGAGCAAACAUCAUUGGACUUUUAGUUUUUGUUGUUGUUCUUUUGAAUGUCAUAAAAAAAGUUUGAAUUAAUCUUGAAAAACUACAGUGCAACCUAAUUUUUUACAUAGUGAUAUGGUUGACUCGGAAUAGACUACAUAAACUAUUCAUAUUGAAUUGUUUUCACAUGGAUGGAUAACAUGUUUCAAUAUAAAAGUAGAUUGAUGUUUCAGUCUCUUGCACACAUUGUGUCUUUUUUAAAUUUUAUUUUAUUUUUUUUAGUUGGAUCCGCUGAGGAAAAUCUCAGAUUUUGAGGUAUCCGUUAAUAACUGAGAUAUAAAAGUAGUGUCAAAAGUAUUUUGAAAUAAACAGAAAAGCUGAUGUUCUAUGUGGGAAUUUGAAUGAUGUAAAUAUUUUUAUGAUCUUUACACACAAAAGUGAGUGUCAUCUCCAGUGACAGGAAUGCUUGAAAUUUUGACCCUGCAAAUACAAAAUGAUUGUGAUAAUGCUGCUACAGUAUGCAACACUGGAGCUGAAAUAAAGAUACAAGUGAG